UUGAAUUAAAGGGUUCUCCAAGUUCUGCCGGCUAAAGGUCUAGGCAGUCCUGGGAAAUACACUAGUCCCGGACUGGCCUGUCUUAGAGGAAGUGGAGACCUCGCGGCGGGCAGUCAGGAACUUAAACUCAAUGCGGGGUCCAAGUGGAUGUCUCGAGACUCCAUCGCGACAUUGAAGAGCGACAUCAUUUGGGCGUUUAUAACCGUCACCAACCGCCACGGCUGUUUCAAAGCCUGGACUGGGCUGGAACGAUUUUCGUUCCAGGCGCUCAAUUUCUUAUCUUCAUCCACAUGACCUUCAUCAGAUAAAAGAAGCCUCGAAUCGGCGUUCAGGAUAGCCAUUCCUCCACAGCACUAUGCUAACGCGGGAUGAAGGCAGGCCGGGGAGCGGAGAGCGGGCAGGAGGCGUGCAGCAGCUCCCGUCCCAGUGCCUGGUGUGCGUAUAAGAAGAGCGAGUCGGGCCUCUCACCCAGUGCUGUCCCACAAUCUCUUCUCCCCUCUCGAGCUUUAGUUCAGUCGUGACAAUUCUCGACCGACACUUUCCAACAGCUUCAGACACAGUCCCCCCGGGCUUAUCCUGAUUACAAUGGCUUCUAGCGCUUCCAAGACCAACAUUGGCGUUUUCACCAACCCUCAGCAUGAUCUGUGGAUCAGCGAGGCCUCUCCCUCUCUCGAGAGCGUCCAAAAGGGCGAAGAGCUGAAGGAAGGCGAGGUCACUGUUGCCGUCCGAAGCACAGGCAUUUGCGGAUCCGACGUCCACUUCUGGAAGCAUGGUUGCAUCGGCCCCAUGAUCGUCGAAUGCGAUCAUGUCCUCGGCCACGAGUCGGCAGGCGAGGUCAUUGCUGUCCAUCCCAGCGUCAAGAGCAUCAAGGUCGGCGACAGGGUUGCCAUUGAGCCCCAAGUCAUCUGCAAUGCCUGCGAGCCCUGCCUGACUGGCCGUUACAACGGAUGCGAGCGCGUUGACUUCCUCUCUACGCCCCCUGUGCCCGGCCUUCUCCGCCGCUACGUUAACCACCCUGCCGUGUGGUGCCACAAAAUCGGUAACAUGUCCUAUGAGAACGGUGCCAUGCUCGAGCCCCUUUCCGUGGCGCUGGCCGGUCUUCAGAGAGCCGGUGUUCGUCUGGGCGACCCUGUCCUCAUCUGUGGUGCCGGCCCCAUUGGUCUGAUCACCAUGCUCUGCGCCAAGGCCGCUGGUGCCUGCCCUCUUGUCAUUACCGACAUUGACGAAGGCCGCUUGAAGUUCGCCAAGGAGAUCUGCCCCGAGGUCGUCACCCACAAGGUCGAGCGCCUGUCGGCCGAGGAGUCGGCCAAGAAGAUCGUCGAGAGCUUUGGUGGAAUCGAGCCCGCGGUGGCUCUCGAGUGUACUGGUGUCGAGAGCAGUAUCGCGGCUGCUAUCUGGGCCGUCAAGUUCGGCGGCAAGGUGUUCGUCAUCGGCGUGGGCAAGAACGAGAUCCAGAUUCCUUUCAUGCGCGCCAGUGUGCGCGAGGUCGACCUGCAGUUCCAGUACCGUUACUGCAACACUUGGCCCAGGGCCAUUCGCCUGGUCGAGAAUGGCCUCGUUGACCUCACCAGGCUGGUGACGCACCGUUUCCCGUUGGAGGAUGCGCUCAAGGCGUUCGAGACGGCGUCAGACCCCAAGACGGGUGCCAUCAAGGUGCAGAUCCAGAGUCUGGAGUAAUUGGUUUGAGGUCGUUCAUUAUGUGUAUAGAGGAAAAGGGUUCACGGGUCUGGCGUUUAGCGUUAUUGCCGAAUUGACUUUUGGAUUGUAGUUGAGUCUACAUGGUG